AUGGACUCCCCCGACUUGCCUACCAACAACAACGAAUGGAAGGUCACAUACGGUGAAAAAGACAAUCCGCAAGAGCAAGUCGCAGACGGUAGAAGGAUACUAGCUCGAACCCUCUCAAUACCAAAAACCAUGUGCAUCUUAUCCGACAAGGAAACCGAAAUAUCAACGGUUACCGAGCUCACAUCUCCAAAGAUGAAGCUCCCACGACUCGGGAGUGAUACUGUCGAAAGAGUAUUUCCUGUGCGAUCCGUCGUCUCGUUCGAUCCUACUCCCUCUCCAGUUCCUCAAACACCGUCCCUUGAUAAGCUUGAGAGUCCAUUCCCUGCAUUUCCAUUUGGAGAUACCUUUCGAACAAACGAAGUGGCCGAUGAUGGAUCUGGUAGUAUUCUCGAAUCAUUUCCGAGCGAUACCAGUGAUCAAGAGAGAGCACCGAAAAGGCCCAAUCACCUAGCGCAGAUGCACGACCAACUCAGCCUUCCAAACGUCUCGCCAUCGCUACCAAGAAUAUCCGCAAACAAUGGUGAUUCAAAUUCCACCAACAAGCCAUCUUCAACCCCUGCCGUCCAGUUACAAGAUAUGAUUUGUGAGGGAGCGGAGGUUUUGACUAAAAAUGAGUUAAGACCGGGAUUGGAAUACUUUGAGGACGAGAUCGGAUUUUCAGUCCAGCCAUUUGGAGCGCUACUGGUUCUCUCAGAGUUGGAUGGCAACAUUAUGGUUCAGGCUGCUAGCACCAACUCCGAAGCUAUCUUGGGCUAUUCACCCGACCAUCUCUUUGGGCUGAGAUCUAUACAAACUAUAUUGCCAACAUCUCAACAAACCAUGUUUCUUUCCCACGUGAAAUGCGUUUCAGAUGACAGAUAUGAUAUGGAGACCUGUGGCCCAGAAGUAUUCUUACUUUAUAUCUCAGUUGAUGAAGGUGCUCUUUCCAAACGUCUUUGGUGCACUAUGCACACAAGCAAAGCAUAUCAAGACUAUAUCAUAUGUGAGCUGGAGCUUGAGAUCGAGGGCGUCCAAGACAGCUCGAAUGCAGGGUGCACUGGCGAAGUCCAAACUGCUUUGACAGCAGGCCACACUACCGGUCUUUCAAGACCAUGUCAUGCAGAGAGAGCCGAGUGUCGAGAGUCGGAGCUUCUGAAUGGACUCCCGCGCAUUAUACAGCAAAUAUCUAAUGCACAGACACUCGAAGAACUUGUCCAGCACUCUAUGAGUAGCGUGCAGCGGUUGAUACGCUUCCAUCGCUUUACAAUGUAUCACUUCGAUAGUGAUCGGAAUGGCAUCGUCGUCGCAGACUCGGCUGAUGCAUCACUGGGUAUGAACUCGUUUGAGGGACUGGAGUUCUCGGAAUCAACUUUCACCCCCCAAUUGAAGAAGCAAUAUCUACGCAAGAAGGUUUCUUUCGCUUAUCGAAAAAGCAAACAUAGCGCAGAUUUGGCCUACCGGGCCUCCACAGUGAAAGCUGGAUUGGACCUAUCGCACUGCUAUCUUCUUGCAGCCUCGAGCUGCUCUGAAUCUCAUACAGCCCCUCUUGUACAAGCUUGUGCCUCGAUUGGCAUUUAUGUUUUUGGCAAAGCGUGGGGGCUCAUAUCCUGUCAAUCAUAUAGCAAAAGCGCUCGGCUUCAUCCCCUUAUUCAAAAGACAUGUUGGUUGUUAAGUGAAACGUUUUCCAGCAAUAUUGAACGUCUCUCAUACACUUUGCCUUUCCAAGUCAACCCUUCAUUUGAUCGUUCUGGUGAGACAGACACACAGCAACAUAUUCAGUCACCUUGCGGCGAUCUUCUUGACAUUUUUGGCGCCAAUUACGCCGCAGCGUCUAUUUUGGGCGAAACAAAGAUUUUUGGGAAGCCCCCGGAUUCACAGGAGGCUUUAGCUUUACUGGAGUAUCUUCGCGCAAAGGAAUUAGGGACUGUUCUGUGGUCGACAGACAUACUUUCCGACUUCGAAGAUCUCGACUAUGCUCCCGGCUUUCGUUACCUUUCCAGCCUAAUCUAUAUUCCACUGUCUGCCGAUGGGCAGGAUUUCAUUACCCUCUUCCGUGGGGACUCGGAGAACGGCAGAGGCCCGAAAGAGUGGUCGGCAGGGGAACUUGGAAAAGCAUCAAUCCUGUCUUUGUUAUACCGAACCUUCCCCGAGAUCUGGCAUGAGAAGGAGGCUACCAUGCAAGACAACCAGCUCAUGCGACUUCUUCUCGCCAACGCCGCUCAUGAAUUCCGGACACCUCUUAACGCCAUCAUAAAUUAUCUCGAAAUCGCUUUGGACGGAAGCAUCAACCAGGAAACUCGGGAGAAUCUGUCCAGGUCGCACUCGGCUUCAAAGUCUUUGGUUUACAUUAUCAAUGAUCUACUGGACCUCACCAACGCAGGGAAUGGUCAAAAUCUGAUCAAGGAUGAAAUCUUCAGUCUCUCAGAGACUCUAUGCGAAGCGACCAAUAUCUUUUGGGAAGAAGCAAGGCAAAAGCAUGUCAAUCUUCAAGUCGUGCAACAUGCAUCAUUGCCCGACGUCCUCGGCGAUCAGCGGAGAGUACGUCAAGUAAUCACUAACCUAAUCAGCAAUGCAGUUCAGCACACCUCAACCGGCGCAGUAACCAUUGAAUCGUGCAUUCCGACCGAGCCAUGCGAUGACGGACAAAUCGCCAUAGAAGUUGCAAUCCACGACACUGGCUCCGGAAUGUCCCAGGACGCAGUCGAGACAUUAUUCUGCGAGCUAGAGCAGGUUUCCAACAAGGAAAACGCACAGAGCCCCAAUCCCUACACCAACAAGGACUCGAGCACAACUACCACCAGCACCACAAGCGCACCGGGAACAAAAAGCGUCCUCGGACUAGGCCUUGCUUUGGUCGCCCGGAUCGUCCGCAACAUGAAUGGCCAGCUCAGCCUCAAAUCCGAAGAAGGAAAAGGCAGCUGCUUCAAAAUCCGGCUUAACUUCUCAUUGCCGUCGAAGGACCUACCGCAAUCCGCCACCCAAUCUAUCGCGAAUGCAGAUCUCCAGUGCAAUAGGCAAGGAUGUGAUACCGGGAAAUCAAAUGAAGCCCCGUGUGACAGAAGACCGACAAGUAAUACCGGUGCGGAGCGGGAAGGGGAGAUCCAGCCACCGGACGAGAAAGGCGGGGUUCCUUGUCGCUGUGGUUCGCCGUUUAUGUCAGAUUCAGCCAUCGGGAGAGUGGACAACCCACUCGUAGAUGCCGACAUUUCACUGAAGAAUGGAGAAUCGCGAAACCUGACCAUCCUUGCUUCUGGUGCGAAGGUUGAAGACAAGGUACCUUUGCGAUCUGGCAAAGCCGAAGAAGCCCGGGAGCAGCGCUCCGCUAUGAAUUCGUCUUCCACUGCUUCUGCUUCUGGCUCUUCUUUUCAGACAUCCGAGAUAGGCAGGGGAACGAAACCCAAUCCUAUGACGACUGGCCGUACGCUUCGAAUCCUUAUUGCUGAGGAUGAUCCCAUCAAUAGCUCGAUCGUUAAGAAGCGGCUGGAGAAAUUCGGUUAUUCUAUUUGCAUGACUGGUAAUGGCAAGGAGUGUGCCUCUGUUCAUCGCGAAAGUCCAGUCCCGUUUGAUGUGAUUCUUAUGGAUCUUCAGAUGCCUAUUGUGGAUGGAUUGAGUGCUACAAAGAUGAUUCGCAAGCAUGAGCAGCAAAACUCGCACCAUAGAUCUACUGUUUUCGCGGUUUCGGCGUCCUUGGUCGAGAAGGAUCGAGAUGUCUACUUGGAUGCUGGUUUUGAUGGCUGGAUUAUGAAGCCCAUUGAUUUUCAACGGGUGCAUGUACUACUUGGUGGGGUUUUGUCUGGAGAAAGGCGUGAGGAUGCGCUAUAUCAGCCUGGAAUGUGGGAACGAGGGGGUUGGUUUGGAAGAUACUAG